AUGCGUCAGAAAGAGGGAGGAGUGCAGCAGGUUGUCUCCUGCCAUGGCAUGCUAUGGAUGCCCGUGGCUUUCGAUCCACACCUGCCAAACUCUAGCCGAUUCAACAUUGACUCUCUGAUGAGGUUCUUCAGACGCCGGUCCGCUGUCUGCGGGUCGUCAAUAACUAACGCGGCUGCCACUGGUGCAGACCGCUCCAGGGCUCCUCAUUGUGCUGGGGCUGCGCACUGUGGGAGGACAGCAUGUUGUUUAGGGAGUGUGCCGGACGGGAUUGGCGUUUUGACUUCAGUUGUACAUCAUAGAACAAUCCGCUUGUAUUAG